CAUCGUCCUCGUCAGUCACGCAGAGCUCUGAGCCGCCCGGCCCCGCCCUGGCUGUUAGUCGCGGAGGAGGAGGCGAGAAAACAAAAACAAUCGUUCGGCGCCGCCAUCUUGGCCCGAGCUCCGUGCGGCUGAAUGGGCAGCGAUGAGAGGACUCAGCGUGAGGAGGAGGAGGCGUCCUGUAGGCCGGAGCGCGGGCACUGAGCGGCCUCACCGGAGACAGUGACCGGACGGGGGGGAGGACAGGCCUGUGACCGUGCACCCAGAGCAGCCUCUCCCGUCCUCCGCCGUUACCCGCUUUAUACACAGUAGUGGCCGUCUUCUGCCCGCCACCCCCGGGACAUGGGGGCCCCGCUCUCCCGGCUGCUGCUGCUCCUCACUCUGCCUUCCGGCUGGUGACCGGCCCCGCUCCGCUCCCCGUCCUCCGCCAUACUAUUACCGCCAUUACUACUGUGCCGUGUGGAUCUAUCCCGAGCCAUGGGAGCCGCCACCAAGCUGGCCAUAGCCGUGUUCCUCAUCUCCUGCUCGUCAGGAGCCAUACUGGGGCGAUCGGAGACCCAGGAAUGUAUCUUCUAUAACGCCAGCUGGGAGAAGGACAAGACGAAUCAUAGCGGCAUCGAGCGCUGUCUGGGAGACCAUGACAAGAGGAGGCAUUGUUUCGCCACGUGGAAGAAUAACUCUGGCUCUAUAGAAAUUCUGAAGCAAGGCUGCUGGCUGGAUGAUAUCAAUUGUUAUGACAGGGCUGACUGUAUAGAAAGAAAGGAGAACCCGGAUGUGUUUUUCUGUUGUUGUGAAGGUAGCAUCUGUAAUGAACGCUUUUUCCACUCGCCGGAGAUGGAAGUCACUCACCCCACCCUAAAUCCAUUGCCGCCCAAACCGCCGCUGUUCAAUACUUUGCUUUAUUCUCUGGUGCCUAUCAUGGGAUUCGCUGUCAUCGUUCUCAUCUCCUUCUGGAUGUAUCGUCAUCACAAACUUGCUUACCCUCCAGUGCUGGUCCCUACACAGCACGCCUUUCACAUAAUGAUAGAGGAUCCGGGGCCUCCCCCGCCCUCUCCUCUGCUGGGGCUGAGGCCUUUGCAGUUGUUGGAGGUGAAGGCUCGAGGGAGGUUUGGUUGCGUGUGGAAAGCGCAGCUAUUACAUGAACUGGUGGCUGUCAAGAUAUUCCCCAUACAGGACAAGCUGUCUUGGCAAAAUGAGUACGAAGUCUACAGCUUGCCCGGUAUGAAGCAUGAAAAUAUCCUUCACUUCAUUGGCGCUGAGAAGCGUGGCACCAACCUGGACACAGAUCUGUGGCUGAUAACAGCUUUUCACGAAAAGGGUUCACUCACAGACUUUCUCAAGGCCAACGUGGUCACUUGGAAUGAACUCUACCACAUCGCCGAAACGAUGGCCAGAGGUCUGGCGUACCUCCAUGAAGAUAUCCCCGGACUAAAGGAUGGGCAUAAACCCGCCAUAGCCCACCGGGAUAUAAAGAGCAAAAAUAUACUCCUAAAAAACAACCUGACAGCGUGUUUAGCAGACUUCGGUCUUGCAUUAAAGUUCGAAGCGGGUAAAUCAGCUGGCGAUACUCACGGCCAGGUGGGCACUAGGAGGUAUAUGGCUCCCGAGGUGCUAGAGGGCGCUAUAAACUUUCAGAGGGACGCCUUCUUAAGGAUAGAUAUGUAUGCAUUCGGCUUGGUUCUUUGGGAACUGGCAUCGCGGUGCACGGCGUCUGAUGGUCCUGUGGACGAGUACAUGUUACCCUUCGAGGAGGAGAUUGGGCAGCACCCGUCUUUGGAGGACAUGCAGGAGGUGGUUGUACAUAAAAAGAAAAGGCCCAUUUUAAGGGAAUGUUGGCAGAAACAUGCAGGCCUGGCGAUGCUCUGCGAAACGAUAGAAGAGUGCUGGGAUCACGACGCAGAGGCGCGGUUAUCGGCGGGCUGCGUGGAGGAGAGGAUUAUCCAGAUGCAAAGACUCACAAACAUUAUCACAACAGAGGACAUUGUCACAGUGGUCACGAUGGUGACGAACGUGGACUUCCCACCCAAGGAAUCCAGUCUAUGAUACUUGCACUCGACCAACAGAACUCAUGAGCUGCUAUAAGCUAAGGAACGACUUUACCUCCUCCGAUGGUUGGUCUUUUAUUGCAAUGUCCUAUUAGACAGGACGCACCAGACUUGUUUCAUUCCACGUGACCUGGAACGGUUCUGUGAAAAAUAGAGGAAAAUUUUACAAAAACUGAAAAGAAAAAAAACUUAAGGAAUGACUAAAAUAUGAAGAAACACGGACCUCUCCGGAUAAUCCGCUGACACCUGUUUUAUAAAUGUCAGAAGAGACUGAAACCUUGAGUGAACUACUGCUAUAAAUAUAUAUGUAUAAAAAUAUAUAUAUAUACAUAUAUACACACAUAUAUACAUAUAUGUGUAUAUAUAUCAUAUGAAUAAUUUUUUUUUUAAUCAAAGCAUUUCAUUUUCAGAUCUAAAAGAAGAAAAGGGUAACUGUUUUUAUCGCCUUUGCUGUUGUGUUUCUAUCAAUGACUAUUGUAAUGCCAAUAUGACACAGCUUGUGAAUGUUCCCUGUGCUGCUGUUCUAUGUAAAGAAACCGAAAAGGAAAAAAAAAAUGUUUUUUUUUUUUUUUUUUUAAUGUGGGACAUUUUAAAGAGGCUUCCAGGCAUACGUUAACCUCCUUAAACAAGCUAUACCUCAGUUCCACACUCUCUAAAUUAAAUUAUACAUUUGCAAAAAAAAAAAACGAAAAAAACACUAAGCAAUUUUAAUAAUAAAUCAAACCAAUUUUUUUUAUAUCUACGUAUCACCAUUUUAAUGUGUUAUUUAAAGGAAAAAAAAACCUAUACGGUGCGUUUAACCCAUCAGUUGCCAUCCACCUGUCAUUCCCACCUCCUUGUCUCAGUGACAUGCAUGGCUCGUGGAUUAAAUACACAAUCUACUAAAUCUUGAUCACGGGAAGGGUUAAUGUAUCAGAUAGCCGUUCCUUAAAGGGGUACUCAGCCGCUCAGCGCUUGGAACAAACUC